UUGAGCACGUGCAGAGAACAACCCCUCAACAACUAUAACUGUGAAAUAUGCAUUUGCCCGCUGGACCCACAAUGGUGGCCAAUACGAGCGCCCACACGCAGGUGCUGGCCGCCGCAGCAGCAGCGGCGGCAGCGGCAGCAGCGGCCACAAAUGUUGGCCAUCCGGGCAACAUUAGCACACAUUCGGCCAGCAGCACCGGCAGCUCCACGCCCGACAACACCAACAACAACAGCAGCAACACCAGCUCCAACAACAACAACACAAGUAGCUCCAACAACAACAGCAGCAACAGCAACAACAACAAUUCGAGCUCCAACACGAGUGCUGCAAGUGCGGCGAACUCGGCGAAAAUGCCCAGCUCGAUGACGGACAUGUUUGCCAGCCUGCACGAAAUGCUGCAGGAAUAUCACGGCGAAUUGGCUCAAACGGGCUCACCCUCAAUCCUGUGCAGCGCACUGCCAAACCAUUGGCGCUCCAACAAAUCGCUGCCGGGCGCAUUCAAAGUGAUCGCCUUGGAUGAUGUUCCCGAUGGCACCCUCGUCUCGAUCAAGUGUGGCAACGAUGAGAACUAUUGCGGCGAGUUGCGCAAUUGUACGACAACGAUGAAGAACCAGGUGGCCAAGUUCAACGAUCUGCGAUUCGUUGGCCGCUCCGGCAGGGGCAAAUCCUUUACGCUGACCAUCACCAUUGCCACGUAUCCGGUGCAGAUAGCCAGCUAUAGCAAGGCCAUCAAAGUAACGGUCGACGGGCCGCGGGAGCCAAGAAGUAAGCAAAGCUAUGGCUAUCCACAUCCCGGCGCCUUUAAUCCCUUCAUGCUGAAUCCAGCGUGGCUGGACGCUGCCUAUAUGACAUACGGCUAUGCGGAUUAUUUCCGCCAUCAGCAGGCCGCUGCGGCAGCAGUGCAUCAUCCGGCGCUCUCCAAGGCGGCCACCUCGCCCAAUGGCAGCGUCAGCGGUGUCGUCUCCCCAGCGAUGCCAAAUGCUGGCGCCUCAUCGGAUUAUCCGCCACCGAUGCCAUCGGCAUCGUCAUCGUCGUCGUCGAUUGUGCCGCCCGCCUCGAUGAUGCCAUCGCCGCCCGGUGGCGCCCCAGCUGCUGCGUAUGCGAUGCCACAAUUCCCGUUCAAUCAUGUUGCCGCCGCGGCAGCCGCAGCGGCGCAUCAGAGCCAGAAAUCAACGCCGCAUGCCUUCCAUCCGUACAACUUUGCGGCGGCGGCGGGUUUGCGGGCGCGCAAUGCGGCCGCUGCUGCACUGCAUCAUGGCGGUGUGCCAGCAGAUGCCGCACACAUGAGUCCUGCAUCAUCGCGACCAUCGAGCUCCUCGCCCACGCCCAUGCCCACGCCCACGGCAACGCCCCAUGUGCUGCUCAAGUUGAACACAUCGAUUGAGACGAGCUCCAUCCACGAGCAGUCCGCCUCCGAUGCGGAUUCCGAUGACGAGCAGAUCGAUGUUGUCAAAUCUGAAUACGAACUGGACAAAUCCAUCGAUUCUACGCGCAGCUCACCCACACACCACAUCUCUGUUCCGCUUCGCAUGCGCUGCGAUCUCAAAGCACCCUCUGCCCUCAAGCCGCUCUACCAUGAAACGUCUGCUGCGGCGGCAGCAGCGGCGGCAGCAGCAGCAGCGGCAGCGGCAGUGGCUGCUGUUGUUCCACGCCAAGCAUCGCCAGAGACGACGCUGCCGGCGGCAACAAAGCUGAAGAAUGCCGUCGUCCAGCAGAAGACUGUGUGGCGGCCUUACUAAAAAUAAAUCACAUACACAAAGCACACAUCAAGAAACACACACAGAUAGACAGACAGCGUGAUAGUUGAAUUGAGCAGGAUGAAGGAUUAAGGAUGCAGGCGCAGAGCGGCAGCAACAUUGUGAUAUAGUCAUAUAAGUUAGACACGUCCACAGCAGCAGAGCAACAGCAGCACAAACAGAGAGCUAAAGGAUCAACUCAAAACUCCGGCCGGCAAACGGAGUGUGGAGCAGGAUAAUGGAGGGGAAUACGCAGCAAAUGGCGGGCAAAGGAAUCGGAUUUUUCUUCUUUUUUUUCUUUGGGAGAGGGAUCA